AUGCUUAUUGGUAUAUCUGGGACGUUAUUCAGCGACGUGGAAAUUGUUGGUCAGGCCUUGAGUGAAAUUUAUGACGCGCCAUGGCUGGAUGUUGAAACGCUGGGAGGAUGGGAUACGCUAUUGGAUUACGGGACCAAGAACUUUACGAAGUCUUAUGUGGUUCAAGGGAUAGACUCUAUGGUAAUACUGGAGAAGCUUGCGAAAAGGCCUUUUUUUGUACAUAUUGCAGUUGAUUGUACGCUUGCCCGCAGGUUAGAAAAUUGGCGAAACGCGUUAAACGACGGGACAAACGUUGUUGUCAAUGGUGGUUCAAAAGGCAAGGACCAUGCUCCUUUGAACUGUCAUAGUAUUGAGCAAAUACUUGAAAGUAUGGAUUUUUUCGAUUACGCAAAGGAGGAUUCGCUAACGUCUAUUAACGAACGCUCUCUUAUUAAAGUUGUAUUUCAUUCUACGGUACCGUUCGAAUCGGUGAAAAAACAGCUAUAUGAGCAAUUAAACAACGUAAUAGAUUCAAAGUCGCUGACAGCACCAUUAAGACCGUGUUGGGAUACGUAUUUUAUGAAAUUGGCGAACUUGGCUGCGUCAAGAGCCAACUGUAUGAAACGUAGGGUUGGUUGUGUCAUCGUACGGGACUGCAGAGUCGUAGCAACUGGAUACAAUGGGACUCCAAGGAAUAUGAAGAACUGCAACCAGGGUGGAUGUUCAAGAUGUAACGAUGGGGAUGAUAAGUCGUUGCAUACUUGUCUAUGCUUGCAUGCUGAAGAAAACGCGUUGUUAGAAGCGGGUAGAGACAGGGUCGGGCCAAACGCUAUAUUAUACUGCGAUACAUGUCCCUGCCUGACAUGUUCAGUGAAGAUCGUUCAAACAGGCAUUAAAGAGGUAGUUUAUUCACAUUCCUAUAGAAUGGACGAACAAAGUCUGAAGGUUCUAAGGGACGGUAAAGUGACCGUAAGGCAACACAAGUUGAUCGACGAACGUACCACUAUCCACAUCGGAAGAACAGAUAUAUCGGUGCCUAGGUAA